AUGGACUUAUUUGAAAAUUUCUGCCGCACCUGCGGAAACGCUUGCGAGGAAGCUUUAAACAUAUUCAAUGAAAACUCGGCGGCUCCAUGGCCAGGCAUCAACGAAUCCCUUUUGUCGGUGCUUGCCAAAUGCUUGCCCGCCUCUUUGCCUUCCAUAGAACGCGAUGAUGACUAUCCCAAGCAGAUCUGUCGAAUCUGCCUCAAGAAGCUGCUGCUGAUGUAUGAGUUUGUCAAAAAGUGGGAGGAAACACACUACGAGUUCAACGUGGCGCUCAAAUUCCAGCCACGACGCAAGCGCAACCCCAUUUCUAGUGUUACCAGCACCAAUGCUAACCAAAGUAAAAAAAAAUCACCAGCUACGGCUACUGAGGCGGUUAAGCCAGCCCAACCAAUUGAUAGUGCUCCAGUAAGCCCACCAAUUCAACCCAAACAGGAGCGUACGUCGGCUCGGCCAACACAAACAGUCGUAGAGAUUCCCUAUGAGUAUUCAGUGCAGGCCAUGGAUGAAACCGGUCAGGCUUCCAACGAAAAUGUCGUCAUCAACGAAAACGUGGAUGAGACGAAAGGCACGUUCCUAUUCAAGAUAGAGCCCAAUGGCGAAAUCAACAACGAAUUCACAAUGCUAAAUGAAGAGAACAACGACUUCAGUGUGCCCAUGCCCAUGGUCGAGAUUCCGUCGGAGUCCAUAAUGAAUAUAGUAAUGUCACAAUUGCCUCAAACAAGCGAUCUUCCUGAUAAGACAUUCAAUUGCAUUUUCUGUCCCGAGUCCUACCACACAAUGAAAGCCUUCGAGCUGCAUCUGAAAUUUGCGCACCGCGAUGUCGAAUACAUAUUCAAUACUUAACAGUGCACAAUCGGUCCAUCGUACCAUAUUCUGCUGCAGUUUGUAAGCCAUUGUGUUCGUAGUUCUAUGUUAUAAUAAUAGCUCGUAUCAUGGUUCGUUGAAGAAACCGAAACCUGGUUGCAUGUGAAAUAAGUUUUAGUUCAAGUAAUGCUUUCCUGUGGAGAAGGCAAGCUGAGUGCUGUUCAUUAGAACUAUUUUUUCUUACCAUAUUUAUAUAUGUAUAUAAACAUUUAAGUAGAUAUUAGUUCGAGCCAUCUGGCCAACCCACUCAACGACUAUAUAA